CCCCCCCCCACCCCCCCCCCCCCAAACCCCCUUCCCCCCCCAACCCCCCCCCCCCCCCCCCCCCCCCCCCCCACCCCCCCCCCCCCCCACCCACCCCCCCCCCCCCCACCCCCCCCCCCCCCCACCCCCCCCGGCCCCCCACCCCCCCCCCCCCCCCCCCCCCCCCCCCCCCACCCCCUCCCCCCCCAACCCCCCCUCCCCCCCACCCCCCCCCCCCCCAACCCCCCCCCCCCCCCACCCCCCCCCCCCCCCACCCCCCCCCCCCCCCCCCCCCCCCCCCCCCCACCCCCCCCCCCCCCCACCCCCCCCCCCCCCCACCCCCCCCCCCCCCCACCCCCCCCCCCCCCCACCCCCCCCCCCCCCCACCCCCCCCCCCCCCCACCCCCCCCCCCCCCCACCCCCCCCCCCCCCCACCCCCCCCCCCCCCCACCCCCCCCCCCCCCCACCCCCCCCCCCCCCCACCCCCCCCCCCCCCCACCCCCCCCCCCCCCCACCCCCCCCCCCCCCCACCCCCCCCCCCCCCCACCCCCCCCCCCCCCCACCCCCCCCCCCCCCCACCCCCCCCCCCCCCCACCCCCCCCCCCCCCCACCCCCCCCCCCCCCCACCCCCCCCCCCCCCCACCCCCCCCCCCCCCCACCCCCCCCCCCCCCCACCCCCCCCCCCCCCCACCCCCCCCCCCCCCCACCCCCCCCCCCCCCCACCCCCCCCCCCCCCCACCCCCCCCCCCCCCCACCCCCCCCCCCCCCCACCCCCCCCCCCCCCCACCCCCCCCCCCCCCCACCCCCCCCCCCCCCCACCCCCCCCCCCCCCCACCCCCCCCCCCCCCCACCCCCCCCCCCCCCCACCCCCCCCCCCCCCCACCCCCCCCCCCCCCCACCCCCCCCCCCCCCCACCCCCCCCCCCCCCCACCCCCCCCCCCCCCCACCCCCCCCCCCCCCCACCCCCCCCCCCCCCCACCCCCCCCCCCCCCCACCCCCCCCCCCCCCCACCCCCCCCCCCCCCCACCCCCCCCCCCCCCCACCCCCCCCCCCCCCCACCCCCCCCCCCCCCCACCCCCCCCCCCCCCCACCCCCCCCCCCCCCCCCCCCCCCACCCCCCCCCCCCCCCACCCCCCCCCCCCCCCACCCCCCCCCCCCCCCACCCCCCCCCCCCCCCACCCCCCCCCCCCCCCACCCCCCCCCCCCCCCACCCCCCCCCCCCCCCACCCCCCCCCCCCCCCACCCCCCCCCCCCCCCACCCCCCCCCCCCCCCACCCCCCCCCCCCCCCACCCCCCCCCCCCCCCACCCCCCCCCCCCCCCACCCCCCCCCCCCCCCACCCCCCCCCCCCCCCACCCCCCCCCCCCCCCACCCCCCCCCCCCCCCACCCCCCCCCCCCCCCACCCCCCCCCCCCCCCACCCCCCCCCCCCCCCACCCCCCCCCCCCCCCACCCCCCCCCCCCCCCACCCCCCCCCCCCCCCACCCCCCCCCCCCCCCACCCCCCCCCCCCCCCACCCCCCCCCCCCCCCACCCCCCCCCCCCCCCACCCCCCCCCCCCCCCACCCCCCCCCCCCCCCACCCCCCCCCCCCCCCACCCCCCCCCCCCCCCACCCCCCCCCCCAGCGCUGCAAUUCCACAGGUGCCCGAGAGGGGUCGCCCUCUUGUCCCAUGACCUUGCCCGGGGCCGCUUCCCAGGCGCCGCAGGAGGCCGGCGGAGAAGCGCCAGCACGGCUGGAGGCGCGGCGGCUGACGGCCCCCGCAGCGGCGGCUCCUCUCGGCGGCCCGGGCGCCGCUCUAAUCCGCCGCCCGGGGUCAGCCCCAGCUAGCCGCCGCCGCCGCCUCCUCCUCCCCCCUGCGACCUCGGCGGCUGUAACCGGGGAAACCAAGCGGCCAGGCGGCGGCGGCGGCCCGGGGAGGCGAGCGGGCGGCCGGGCGGGGGUCUGCUCCCACCUGCCCCUCAAAACUUUUCCCCGCAGCCCCGCAACUCCCGGCCUGCCCCGGCUCCACUUACGCGGCUGGGCUGCGCUCCGCGCCCGGCUGGGCUUCCCCCGGGGUGGCCGCAGGGACGGGGGCGCGUCGCUCCCCAAGCCGGGGCUCUCGGUCGGCGGCGGCGGCGGCGGCAGCCCUGGCACGGCGGGCGUCGCGCAGCCCUGGUGGCCCCGGCGCUUUUUGUCUGGAGCCACUGAGCUGAGACCAGCGUGGCUGCAGCGGCGGCGGAGGCGACACCUCCCCGGAAGGGAGGCGGGCAGGGAGGCGCCGGGGAGGGAAGGAAGGAAGCCAGCCAGCCAGGGAGGCGGAGGCCGGCCGGCCAGCCGGUCGGCCAGCCGGGACGUGCGCCCUUCUCGCCCCUCGCCCGGCCAGGGAAGAGCCGCCCCCUCCCCGCCGCGGCAAACUUUUCCGCCAGACUUUCCUCCCCGCCCCACCGAGGAGAGAAAAUCGCCCCGCCCCGCCCAGGGCACCUACCGGGACCGGAGCGAUCCGCAGCCGGAACAGCCGCCGUCCAAGCCCCGGAGCCUGCACCGAAAUGCUGCCGCCGCCGCCGCCAGUGGGGCUCAGCAGCAGCACCUGCCCCAGAGGGACCCCGGCGCAGAAUGGGACCCCGCGGGCGGCCGCCUCCCCGCCCGGCGCAUCCGGGGCGCAGGAAAGGGGGCGGGCGGAGGAACGGGCGGCGGGGCCGGGAAGUUGGAGCGGCUCAAGGCAGCAGCGGUGGCGGCGGCGGCGGCGGCUCUUCCGCUCGGCUCGCCAGCGAAGCCGCCUCUACAGGACCCAGACGGGCGGACCACUUCGCGGAGAGCGGCGGCGGCUGCAGGCAAAACCCGGAGCGGACUGCGGGCGGGCGGACGGGCAGGCGCGCAGCUAGGCUGGCCAGCGGCCCGCGCCGUCUGCGCGCUCCGGCUCCCGGGCGCGGAGCGCGGGGCGGGCAUCGCCGGGGCGGACGAUGUGGGUCGCGGCGCCCCGGGGUGUCUCGCGGCCUGCCCCUUUAAAUGCCCCCCCCCGCCCCGAGUGAGUAGCAAAACUUGGAAGCGGCGCGCGUGGAGGGAAGGGGGAGUCUCUGGCCGGGAAACUGUCCAGCCGUGGGGGACCCGCCGUCGAGGCGCUGGGAGAGGCUGCCAGGCUGUCUGGGGGCGGGGGGAAAGGACCCCCACGGAGGUGCCGGGAAGGGGCCUGGCCGCGGCCUGGGCUUGCAAAAAGAACGGGAGACCGGCCUUCCGAUGGCUCCCCGUUCUUCGAAGGGGCGAGCGGAGCCACGCAGGGAUGAGUGCGCGCAGAAGACUGAUCCUAAACAUGUCCCCGCACACCAGGCUUCUCUUCCACUCCAUGUCCCAAGGACGCAUGAGAUCGGGGUUCAUGCGCAGGAGCCCCAGCCCCCCAUGGCUCCUAGACGGCCCUCUUGGGGGAGCCGGCUGGAGCGGUCGCGGGACCCCCUUGGUUGCUUACUGCGAACUGGAUCGGGGUCCGCUCCGGGAUGCGGCACCCUAA